AACUCAAGCGCCUUGCAGCAGCCAAUCGACGGCGGGAUGACAUCCGUCAGCUCGUUAUUGCGUAGUGAGAGGAACACGAGUGAUUGCAAGCGGCCGAUGUCCGCCGGAAUGCGUCCCGUGAGGCAGUUGCCCCGCACGCUGAACUUGGUGAGCUGCGAGAGUUCACACAGAGCCUCGGGUAAAGCCCCGCACAGGUUGUUGUGCUGUAGUUGCAGUGUCUUCAGACUCUGAAGCUUGCCCAAUUCCUUGGGCAUGGAACCGGACAGUGAGUUCUGGUACAGAUUGAGCUCCUGUAGCUGGCCGCACUCGCCGAUCUGACGCGGAAUUGCGCCCGUGAGGUCAUUACAGCUCAGAUCCACGCGCUUGAGGCUCGAGAGGGUUCCUAGCUCAGCCGGGAUCUCGCCGCGCAGCUGGUUCUUAGACAGAUCGAGCACGCGGAGUUGUGGCAGCCGCGUAAGGCUGGCCGCUGGUAGACACCCGCUCAGUUGGUUAGCUGGCAGUUCUAGCGCCACGACGUGGCCCAUGACCACUUCGACGCCGAACCAUUGCUCGGGGUCGCGCGUGGGCUGCUUCCAGCCGUCGCGGCGGCGCCAGCGGUCGCCAUUCAGCGCGUCGUAGAGCUCCACGAGCGCCGCCACCUCUGUUGUCGGGAUGGAGCUCUGCCCUUGGCCCAUGUUCUGCAGAUAAGCUUAGCGUCGUGAUGCUACGAUAAAGGUCCGGCCUCUUAUUCUCUCUACCGCUGUAGCCGCUUCAGUCAAAGUUUGGGCAGAGGCACGACGGUUUCUUCUCCACUACUAGAAUGGGUUCGCCCGCGCAAUGGAGCUGACAGACGCAGAUCAGACACAAGAUGAGGCAGUUCGGUGUGCAGUAGCAUCAUUACUUCGAGCGCCACGACAGAGCCGACAGUUUAGCACGUCGUGAGCUGCCGCCCCAUCUGGUCGAAGCCGUCGAAGCAGCGAUCGAUCCAACGCGCUUCGUUAUCGCGGAGACGGCGGUGCCGAAAGAAGUAGCAAGAAAACUAUCAUAGGCAAUGCAUGCAAGGAUGAAGAAUACCCACAGCUACCGCUGGCUGCGUUCAUUACGCUUAACUAACUCAUGCACGGAUUAAUAAUUAGGUAGGGACUGACUAGCUGGUGGACGGAGACUGCUACUAGCUCCGCCCGCCUUAUAGCGCGUAGCUCUGCUCAUCCAGCGAGGGCUCGCGGUUGCGUGACGACAUUGCUAUCGCCACGUCGGACUGGUACUCGGGCACGUAACGUGGUACGUACUGCGGCUGAUGCUCGUUACCGGCGUCGGCCACGGCUACCUCGAAAUUGGGGCCAUUAACCGACGCUGCGGCUAGUGCCUUGGCGGCCAGCCGCUUCUGUUUGCGCUUAUUGAGACUGUACGUGAUGAUGCUGUUCUCUGGGGUCGUAGAGUUGGGCGAGGCAUAUGAACGCGUGAGUUCUUCCUCGCCCGAAAGAGCUCCACGUCGUCCACGCUGUCGAGGCGCUGCGGCUUCGGGUAGCACAGGUAUCCGCGAGUUCUCAGGCAUGGGCUCUGGCGUGGGCUCGCCGUGGCUGCGUGUUGAAGUGAAAGACGAACUGUUGCUGGAGCUGGCCGAGCCCUUGGUGAGUGAAGCCACAAGUCUAUUGAGAUCGAAGGCAAAAGCCGGCUGGAAGGUGUGCGGGUCCUUGGAGGGCGCGACGCCGUCCAGUGCGGCGUUGAGGUCACGGCGCUUGGCCACAGCGGGCAGGCGGCGCAUGGUGGUCGUGCCCCAAGCGGUGGCCACUGCCUCGUGCUCGAAACCAUCAUAGUUGGUAAACGCAGACAUGUCGUGCUUGCGGUUGGCCAUCGCAUCGGUGGAGAUCGGAACAUUAUAAUAGUUGCCGCUGCGCGUGCUGCGCAUGACGGACGUGUAGCGCGGCUCGACCAUCAUUUUUGGUGAGGCGGUUGAUGAUGACUGUACUCUGGUCAAUGCUUUAGCGACCGAGAGUUGGCAAGUGAGACCCGGCGAAAAUCCGUCGGGUAUGCUGCUGCUGCUAUGAGGCCGGAGGUACGCGGAGCGAUGAAAUAACGGCCGGUCGCGUCUGUCGUAGCCAAGAUGCUGCUGCGUGCUGGUCGUCAAGUGCUCAAGUGAGUCGUGCCGACGUUGCUGGCGCUCCGGACAUGCUUGCUGAAGACCACGUCUCUCGCCUGUCGUCGUUCCCUCGCCUCUCUCUCCCCUACAGCCCAUCCGGUCGCCAUUUCAGCCGCGGAGCGGACACUUUGGCCGCAGUAUGACCUGAGCUCAAGUCGCCGCCGUCUGGACGAAUAACCUGCCCAAACCGUUUGCAUGCCAAAUCUGAUGGGCACGCGCGCGAGAGACAAGAGCUUUGGUGUCACUUGGGCAUGUUGCUGCUCGUUGACAUCAUCCACCCGGCAAUGAUCUGGUGUUCCGACGCUAGACAGCUUGGCGAGAAAAAUGCAUGCGGUGCGGCGGCAAUGAGAUGUGAUACCGUUGGUAUCAUAUUGAGCCGCUUACAGGCGCUGAUGCGUUCGAGAUCGCUUUGGUAGGCCAGCGCAAUUGUCGUCGGAGUGGAGAGGCACAGUGCCUCUCAAGGCUCUCUAUGUAGAAAUACGGUGUGCUCGGGAAGUGCCACAAAACGGUCAAGUAGCCGUCACGGUAGUCGCCGUUUGCUACGCUGCAGGAGCUCCCGGAGCCACAUUUUGCCACACAUUGGUGCUGACAAGCAAGACGCGCGUUGGAACGACAGGUUCGUCAAUUUAAUUCAAGCGGGUUCGGCGUUGUCGACGGCAGUGGGAUCGGCGAGGUGUGACUUCGGCAAGAGAUGAUCGAGCUGUGCAAGCAUCAAGCGACUCGUUACAUGUACAUGAGCCGGAUGGUCCAGUGUCACUACUCUGUUAUCCGCUCCAUUGCAAACAGGUCCUGCUAUCCUAGGGCUCGGCGAUCACAUCUAUGGCUCGUAGGCUGCGCUUCGCAACAUGCAUUUACGAUGCUCGGCCGAGUACUGUACCGCCCCGCAAACAACUCGUUGCGUGACCUGUGUGGAUAGUUCAGGCCGAAGCAAAGGGCACUCGGGCGCUGGUAAUGAAUGAUGUUGAAGUGGCUAAGACCGCUUGGAGUCUACACUCUUUGGCCUGCAUCAUCGAGAGCGCCGUAGAGCGUUGCAGCUGCGCUCGUCUAUCCUAGGAGAUGAAGAAGACGCCUUUGAGGAUCCUCCUAACACAUCGCUACACUUUCAUGCGGGUUGGUGUUGGUAAGCAUGUUCAUGCCCUUGCCGCUGUAUGAUACGACGUCAGCACUGCAAGAGCCGAAAUGGGCACCAAACCGAUCACACGCGCACAAUAUUAAUACUAAAUCCACCUAAUCGGUCUCUUACGUCUACAGUCGCGCAUCAACAACCUCCUUGUAGUCAAUUGCACGGCGAUCUGCUUAGCUGCGGCAGCGCAUAGCUGUCAUCCUUGAAGUCGUCGGGUCGACUCGACCAAUACUCAUGUCACGUGCCACGAUUGUUGUGGCGCGCGCAUUGGAACGUCCUAGCUCCAUCAUGGGUCCAUGAUUCCACGAAAGUUGCAGUCGUUGAAGUGAUAUGUCACUAUAUUUCCCCGUUUCAAUGACCCUUGUCCAAUAAGCACCAGUCAAAGCUGAGCAAUUGUGGUGGACCAUGGCGGACGCGUCGGAGCAGCCUGGCAAGCGCCGCAUCAAGAAGUUGACGGCUGAGAAGCUGCAGCAGUUCCGCGACGAAAUCGUGAAGCGUAAUGGUCAGCAAGUGGACCUCACGGGGCGCGGUAUUGAGAGCAUCGUGAGCCUCGAGGGGCUGCAGACGGCCACCAAGUUGGACCUGAGCUACAACAAGCUCACCAAACUCUCCCAGCUUAAGUCAGUACCGCGUGUGACGAUGCUCAAGCUUACGGAUAAUAAACUAAACGGCGACGGUCUGGCCGAGAUCCAGCACCUCAAGAAGCUCGUGAUCCUCAACGCCGCUGAGAACAACGUGACGCGCAUUCCGUUCGAGGUGCUGCGAAACGUCCGCACGCUUAAGGCACUCGUACUCAACAACAACUCCAUAUCAGCAUUGGACUGGAUGCCCAAACUGCCGGAGCUCAACUCGCUCAUUGUGAGCAACAACCGCAUCACGGAGAUCCCACAGCGCGUGCUGGACGGACUCCCGAGUCUCAAGAAGAUCUCCAUUUCGCAUAACUUGCUGGAGGAGAUCCCGAACUUGAGCCAAUUGUCGGAGAUCACGGAGCUGCGACUUUCGCACAACCGGAUUAAGAAAAUCCCGGCGCAUUUGGCUCAACUGAAGAAUCUUAAGGUGUUGGAGUUGAGUCACAACCAGAUUGACGAUUGGUCUGGUCUGGAGGCGCUGAGCACGCUUGAGAAUUUGCGGCAAUUAAAUUUGAUUGGCAACCCCAUUUGCGGAAAGAAACUUGAUGUCGCGGCGAAAUCUUCCACCGAGGAGGACGACAGUUGUGACAGUGAUAACGAUGAAGAGGAGAGUGACGACGACAAAAGUGAUAGUGAUGACGACAAGAAGAAAAAGAGGCCCAAGACUAAGAGCAAGAAGGCCGACAUUUCCGAAGAGGAAAAGCGGCAGAUUAAGGAGGCGAAGAAACUCGACGCCAAGCACAAGCAGUACAACUUCAAAAUGAAGCGGUUGUUCCCGAAUUUGGUCGUGCGCGAUGCCACUCGCGUGCUGGAUAAGCGCGUGCAUGGCUACGUAGCUCCACCGAAGGAGGAGAAGAAGUCGACGCCUUCGAGUAAAAAAGAAAAGAAGGUUGUCACCGGAAAGCGGAAGCGGGACGAGGUCAAGAAGAAAUCCAAGUCGAAAGAGGAGUCCCGGAAGGCCACGUCUAGUAAGGACGGCAAUAAUGAUGGCGAAAAGCCUCCUAAAAAGGAGAAAAUCCACAAGAGGCAGAAGAGCGAGCAGUCCGAGACAGACAAGCCGGAGAAGGAGGCUGCUACUACGCCUGAACCUGAAAAAAAGAAGGCAAAACAUCACAAAAAGCAGGUUGAAGCUAGCGAGUCAGUGGACCAGACAGCGUCCCCGUCCAAGACAGACGCGAAGGCGGAGAAGAAGGCAGCUAAGGUGAAGAAACGAAAGGAGAAACUGGACAAGAAGAAAGACCAACGACAGCCAAAGGAGAUCGCUAGCGGUGUGGUGGCCGUGAAACAGUUCAAGAAGGCCAAGAAGGCCAAAAGCGUCGAGUCCAAGCCCGUGGACUUGACGCAGAUCAACUUCACGCCCGACGUGGGCUUUGGCGGUUCAUCUGCGUGGGACUAGCUUCAACUUGCCUUUGUGUACGCACACCAAAUAGACUUCAUUUUUUCUGGUGGUCUUACUUAACCUUCGAAUAU